GGGAAAUAUAUAUAUACAAGAAUUGUGAGUUGAGGCCACGUACACAGGUGUACAACUGUAUAAUACGACCACAUACACAGAUACAGAAGAAAUACAGGUACAACUGUACAAAGGAGGGAGCGUAUGGGUUUCCGGUUCAAAUAAUUGCAGUUUACGGAGCAGUUAUUAUUAACAUAAAAAUUAAAACCAAAAUUUUGCUGCAAAUUAGUGGGAAUUACGGUUUCAAUUUUUAAAAACAAACAAUAAUCCUCUCAGUUGAUUCCCCCACUCCCCUUUUCCCCUUCGCCUCCCUUCCCGUCCCUUUUAUAUUUGCUGCUGCUCCAGGCCCCGCGUCCUUACCCUUCAUCCAAUAGUACCAAUACCAUUACUCCUUUCUCUCUCUCGCUUUCCCUUUCUUCCUUGCUGCGUCUGCGUUAAGCGAUUCCUUAAGGUACUGAUUCCUCCGAAACGCUUCUCGAUCUGUUCUUCUUUUCAUUUUUACGUUUCAGAUUUGAAUUUCUACGGUUUUUUCUUUUUGUGUGUUUUUGUUCAUCUCUGAUUUGUUGUAAAAUUCGAUCUUGUUGUUUCAAUUUUUUUGUCCUUACUGAUGUUGUUUACUGAUCUGAUUGAUAUUCAGCAUCGAUUCGUUAGAUCGAUUUUUGAAUGCUGUAAUGCGGUAGUCUGAACAGAUUGUUGUGUUGAUGCGGAUGUGUUUUUAGGAUAUUUGUAGGUUUCUUCAGUUGCUGAAUUGUAUUGUUCGUGUUCUGUUAGAUCCUUUUGCUUUCCAUUUUAGGUGACGAUGUUGUUAGUGAAUCGGUGAAUUUGUUUCUUGGAUUUCUUCUUACUGUACUGAUGAAUCUACGUGGUUUGUGUUUUGUAAUCUACGGAAGGAGUGUCCUCAGAUUAGUCUUUUCCCAUGAAAAGUGUUGUUUAGUUCGGUGUGUGGCCUGGUUACAUUUUUAACUCAAUUGAUUUCAAGGAAAUGAUUGAGGGGGAAUUAGAGUAAAAAAGUUUGUUAAUGGCAUUUGAUUGCUUUUAUAUUUAUGUGUUGCUCAGACUAAGACAUGGAGGCCUUUAUGCUAGACAUCACAGUCCCCACUUGAUAAACUGCUGAUUGUGGUGCUCUUUGUGCAAAAUGAUGUUUCGGAAAUAUUCUCUUCUUCGGGAAAUCUUGUUGCGUAAUGCCCUUUUUUCUUCAUUUUUAUAUGAGAUUCUCUCGGAUCUACUGUCUGCUUAUAAUCCUUACAAAUGAUCAUCAUUUUGCCAUUAAAAGUUUGUACACAUCUACUUUUGACAUUGUGAUGCCUUCAUCUUUGUGAAUUACUCCUUAUUUGUCUAAAAUUAAGUUCAUGGUGCAUGCUGUUGAUGUGUUUCCCCGAUUUAAUUGAUGCAUGAUAACUUUCAAGUGCUUAUGGUAUAAUCAGUGAAACUAAAAUGCCAUUUUUCUUUCUUGUAUUAAGAAGCUUUAAGAGAGAAUGGGUCGCGGAGUCAGUGCUGGUGGUGGCCAGAGCUCUUUGGGUUACCUGUUUGGAGGUGGAGAGACCACAACCACUACCGCUACCAAGCCCCAAGCCACUACUGAGCGCAGUGAGCCUACACCAAAACCUGCUGCUGUUUCACCACCUGCUGCUGCUACAAAACAAGUGCCAGCAGGCAUUCAAAGUAGUAAUGCAAAUAACUAUGUCCGGGCUGAUGGGCAGAACUGUGGAAAUUUUCUGACGGAAAGGCCAUCGACUAAGGUUCAUGCUGCUCCUGGUGGUGGCUCUUCUCUUGAAGAGUAUGAGGCAAAGCCUUAUGGCAGUAAAACUGCAGCAAUUACUGAUUCCGAGGUUAGUGAAUGGUUGGCAAAGAAUGAUCACACAGUCAAGUUGGUUGAGGAACACAAGGAGCAUGCUGAAAAGCAUCUAAAAUCCAAGCUUGGUGCGGCGCCAGUGGCGGCGCUUGGCGUUGUAGCGGAUGGUGUUGUCGGUCCUCAUCCUGAUCCAGUAGCGGAGCCACAGGUCAGUAGAUUGUGUCUUGAGGCGCAGGAAUGCAUGGUGGCGGGUAGAUGGCUCGAAUUGGCUUCACUCAUGGUUACUUCUGCGGAUUUGGUAUUUUCCAAAGCUUCUGAAAAGGAUCUGGAAUGUGUUUUCACCGUGAUCUGCAACCUUGUUAAGAAGCCUGAAAACCCUGAUCAGGUUGAUGAGAUGGCCGAUGUCAUAUCUUCAAAAUUGUGCCAACAGCCUAGUGAGAAACCUGCAGUGAGAGUGAAAAUCUUGUUCAACCUCUACAAUCUUUUGGAGAACUCGUACAGCCGGUUUGCUGUGUAUCUGAAAGCGCUGAAUGUAGCAAUCAGUGGGAAAGUCACUGAACAUGUCAUACCAUCUUUUAAGAAUAUUGAUAGCUUCUUGAAGGAAUGGAAUCUUGGUGUUAAGGAUCAAAGGGAGCUGUUUCUCAUUGUCUCAAACAUAUUGAAGGAACAUAAGGGCUAUGCCAAAGAUUCUUUCAAGUUUCUUGCCAGAUAUCUGUCAACUUUUACCAGUGAAGAUGCAGUGGCCAUGAACGAGGCAAAGGAAGAAGCGGUUCGUGCAAUUGCUGAUUUUGUUAAGGCACCUGAUAUGUUUCAGUGUGACUUGCUAAAUUUGCCUGCUGUAGCACAGUUGGAGAAAGAUGCCAACCAUGCACUUGUGUAUCAGCUUCUUAAGAUUUUCUUGACUCAGAGGCUGGAUUCUUAUUUAGAUUUUCAUACUGCAAAUUCUACUUUGCUCAAAAGCUAUGGACUUGUUCAUGAAGAUUGUGUGGUUAAAAUGAGGUUGAUGUCAUUAGUUGAUCUUGCUUCUGAUGAUUCUGGUCAAAUUCCAUAUUCAGUCAUCAAAGACACACUUCAAAUUGAGGAAGAUGAAGUGGAAUCCUGGGUUGUUAAAGCUAUCACAGUGAAGUUAAUUGACUGUAAGAUUGAUCAAAUGAAUCAGAUAAUAAUUGUGAGGCGCUGUACAGAGCGUGUUUUUGGGCAAUAUCAGUGGGAGUUACUCAGGUCGAAGCUUGCCACUUGGAAGACCAACAUAGCAAAUGCAGUUAGCACCAUUCAAGCUAACCGAAUAACUGAAGAUAAUACACAAGGAGCCCAAGGGGUGAUGAUUCGCUGA